CUGGUGAGCUGCGAUAGGCUUGCUGGGAAUAAAACCUGGACUGUGUGGGAGGUGAGUGACAUUUUGGAGCGAGAUGGCGAGAGGGACGGUCGCCACAUACCUGCAUGGAGUGCUUCUCCUGGCUCUGUGGAAACCGUCGCAGCAAGGAGGUAUAUACAUACCGUCCUCUGGAGGAGCCGGAGCCGGUGCAGGAGCUGGAUUUGGGCCAAGCGGCGCUGGAACUGGAGCAGGAACUGGAACAGGCUUUGGUGGAGGUGGAGCGGGUCUUGGUGCUGGUUUCGGUGGAGGAGGAUAUGGUGGACAAGGACCUGGAGGCAUAGCACCAGGAGGUGUUAGACCAGGCGGAGUUGGACCAGGUGGAGUUGGACCAGGCGGAGUUGGACCAGGCGGAGUUGGACCAGGCGGAGUUGGACCUGGGAGUUUCAGGCCUGGUACAUUUGGUCCAGCCGGUAGUGGACUGGGAGUAGCUGGUGGAAAACCUCCCAAAACAGGUGCUGGUUAUGGUGGAUUUGGACAGGGAGCUGGAGGUGUAGGAGGAGGACUGGGACCAGGUGGUGUCAGUCCUGGAGGCUUUGGAACUCGUCCUGGUGGAGUCGGUCCUGGUGGAGUUGGACCUGGUGGAGUCGGACCUGGUGGAGUUGGUCCUGGUGGAGUCAGUCCUGGUGGAGUCGGACCUGGUGGAGUCGGACCUGGUGGAGUUGGACCUGGUGGAGUCGGACCUGGUGGAGUCGGUCCUGGUGGAGUCGGACCUGGUGGAGUCGGACCUGGUGGAGUUGGUCCUGGUGGAGUCGGUCCUGGUGGAGUCGGACCUGGUGGAGUCGGACCUGGUGGAGUCGGCCCUGGAGGCUUUGGAACUCGUCCUGGUGGAGUUGGUCCUGGUGGAGUUGGACCUGGUGGAGUCGGUCCUGGUGGAGUUGGUCCAGGUGUUUAUGGAGGAUAUGGCGGUGGUUAUGGACCCAAACCCCCCAAAACAGGUGGUGCUGGAACAUCUCUUGGAGGAACGGGUUAUGGGCCUGGAGGAACUGGAUUUAGACCUGGGGGUGCAGGAUUUGGACCUAGUGGUGGAGGAGUUGGACCUGGGGGUGCAGGAUUUGGGCCUGGGGGUGCAGGAUUUGGACCUAGUGGUGCAGGAGUUGGACCUGGGGGUGCAGGAUUUGGGCCUAGUGGUGGAGGAGUUGGACCUGGGGGUGCAGGAUUUGGGCCUGGGGGUGCAGGAUUUGGGCCUGGGGGUGCAGGAGUUGGACCUGGGGGUGCAGGAUUUGGGCCUAGUGGUGGAGGAGUUGGACCAGGGGGUGCAGGAUUUGGGCCUAGUGGUGGAGGAGUUGGACCUGGGGGUGCAGGAUUUGGGCCUAGUGGUGGAGGAGUUGGACCUGGGGGUGCAGGAUUUGGGCCUAGUGGUGGAGGAGUUGGACCUGGGGGUGCAGGAGUUGGACCUGGUGGGACAGGAGUUGGACCUGGUGGUGCAGGAGUUAGACCUGGUGGGACAGGGGUUGGACCUGGGGGUGCAGGAGUUGGACCUGGUGGGACAGGAGUUGGACCUGGUGGUGCAGGAGUUAGACCUGGUGGAACUCUUCCAGGCGGAGGUCCGAUAUUACCUCAGACUGGUGCAGGAGCUGGGGGAAAAAGUGGUGGUAAAGCAUCGAAACAAGUUCCAGGCAUUGGCGUACCGGGACUUUAUCAGGGUGGAUUUGUACCAGGUCAAGGUUUUGGAGGCCGAGGGGUUCUCCCUGGAGUAGUCACUGGAUCUGGAGUUGGGCCUCAAACUGGGACUGGAGUACUUGGUCAAGGCGGGGUAGGACAAGGAAGCAAUGGUCGAGGACAAACAUUAUCUGGAGUUUUUCAUGGUUACCCUCUAAUAUCACCAAAAUCAGGGACAGGAAAAUCAAAGAAACCAGGCAAAGCUGCAGCCAAAUAUGGUGGUGCUGGAGCUGGAGGAAGCCAUCUUGGUCAGGCAGGCGCCUUAGGCACUGGAGGACUUCCUGGAGGUGGCAUAGGUGUCGUCCCUGGAGCAGGAAGUGGAGUCAGACCAGGCGGAGUUGGACCAGGCGGAGUUGGACCAGGAGGAGUCGGACCAGGCGGAGUCGGACCAGGAGGAGUCGGACCAGGCGGAGUCGGACCAGGAGGAGUCGUUCCAGGCGGAGUCGGACCAGGAGGAGUCGUUCCAGGCGGAGUUGGACCAGGAGGAGUCGGACCAGGAGGAGUUGUUCCAGGCGGAGUUGGACCAGGAGGAGUCGGACCAGGAGGAGUUGUUCCAGGCGGAGUUGGACCAGGCGGAGUUGGACCAGGUGGAGUUGGACCAGGUUAUGGUCCCGGCUCAGCAAAAGCACGCAAAUAUGGUCCUGGAACUGGAGUUGGUCCCAGCACAGCAGGGGUCGGUCUAGGAGGACAACUAGGAGGCGGACUUGGCCAGGGUACAGGGUUGGGGCCUGGAUCAGGGCUUGGUAUUGGCACAGGAGGUGCUGGGACUGGAUAUUUCCCUGGGGGAAUUGGACCAGGUGGAGUCAGACCAGGUGGUGCUGGGACUGGUUACGGACCAGGAGGAGUUGGACCUGGUGGUGCUGGGACUGGAUAUGGACCAGGAGGAGUUGGACCUGGUGGUGCUGGGACUGGAUAUGGACCAGGAGGAGUUGGACCUGGUGGUGCUGGGACUGGAUAUGGACCAGGAGGAGUUGGACCUGGUGGUGCUGGGACUGGUUAUGGACCAGGAGGAGUUGGACCUGGUGGUGCUGGGACUGGAUAUGGACCAGGAGGAGUUGGACCUGGUGGUGCUGGGACUGGUUAUGGACCAGGAGGAGUUGGACCUGGUGGUGCUGGGACUAGAUAUGGACCUGGAGGAUAUGAUGCCAGUGCCAAAUCUCGUAAAUAUGGCAUGCUAAGUGGAGCACUUGGAGGACCAGGAUUAGGACCUGCUGGAGUUGGGCCGGGUGGAGUUGGUCCAGGUGGCGCUGGUACAGGAUACGGACCUGGUGGAGUUGGGUCGGGUGGAGUUGGACCUGGUGGUGUUGGUGCAGGUGGUGCUGGUACAGGAUAUGGGCCAGGAGGAGUUGGGGCUGGUGGAAUUGUACCUGGUGGUGCUGGGACUGGAUAUGGACCUGGUGGAGUUGGACCUGGUGGUGCUGGUACUGGAUAUGGACCUGGCAGAAUUGGCACUGGAACAGGAUCUGGGGGAUAUGAUGCCAGUGCCAAAGCUCGUAAAUAUGGCAUGCUAAGUGGAGCACUUGGAGGGCCAGGAUUAGGACCAGCUGGAGUUGGGCCGGGUGGAGUUGGUCCAGGUGGCGCUGGUACAGGAUACGGACCAGGAGGAGUUGGGACUGGUGGAAUUAGUCCUGGUGGAGUUGGGCCGGGUGGAGUUGGACCUGGAGGAGUUGGACCUGGUGGUGUUGGUGCAGGUGGUGCUGGUACAGGAUAUGGGCCAGGAGGAGUUGGGCCUGGUGGAAUUAGACCUGGUGGAGUUGGGCCGGGUGGAGUUGGACCUGGAGGAGUUGGACCUGGUGGUGUUGGUGCAGGUGGUGCUGGUACAGGAUACGGGCCAGGAGGAGUUGUACCUGGUGGUGCUGGGACUGGAUAUGGACCCGGAGGAGUGGGACCAGGUGGUGUUGGACCAGGUGGUGCUGGGACUGGAUAUGGACCUGGCAGAAUUGGCACUGGAACAGGAUCUGGGGGAUAUGAUGCCAGUGCCAAAGCUCGUAAAUAUGGCAUGCUAAGUGGAGCACUUGGAGGGCCAGGAUUAGGACAAGCUGGAGUUGUCCCUGGUGGAGCUGGUACAGGUUAUGGACCCGGUGGCGUUGUCCCUGGUGGAGCUGGUACAGGCUAUGGACCCGGUGGCGUUGUCCCUGGUGGAGCUGGUACAGGCUAUGGACCCGGUGGCGUUGUCCCUGGUGGAGCUGGUACAGGCUAUGGACCCGGUGGCGUUGUCCCUGGUGGAGCUGGUACAGGCUAUGGACCCGGUGGCGUUGUCCCUGGUGGAGCUGGUACAGGCUAUGGACCCAGUGGCGUUGUCCCUGGUGGAGCUGGUACAGGCUAUGGACCCGGUGGCGUUGUCCCUGGUGGAGCUGGUACAGGCUAUGGACCCGGAGAAUAUGCAGGAGCAAAAGCAAAUAAAUAUGGACUCCCUAGAGGUGUGGGAGGUGCCCUGGGAGCAGGAGGACUUGGGGUUGGAACUGGGCCAGGGUCUGGACUUGGAGUUGGUGGAGGGCUUCCUGGAGGAAGUGGGGUGGCAACUGGUGGUGGGCCUGGAUCAGGACUCGGGACAGGAGGGACACCUGGUUCUGGCAUUGGAACAGGAGGUUUAGCAGGAGGCUUUGGACCAGGCAGUGCCGGAGGAUAUCCUGGUGGUGCAAAGUCUCUCAAAUAUGGACUUCCUGGGGGAGGAGGAUAUCCUGGAUCUGGAUUUGGGGGUCCAGGAACUGGAGCAGCUCUUGAUGUUGGCAGAGGAUAUGGACCUGGAAGUGGCUCGGUAGCUGGAACUGGUUAUGUGCCAGGAGGAGGUUAUGGUGUAGGCCCAGGAGCUGGAUAUGGGACAGGUUAUGGGCCAGGAUCUAAACCCUCUAAAUACGGUCAAGUUGGAACAGGUGGUGGCGGAGUGCUUGGAGGGGGAGCCGGAAGAGGUGGCUAUGGACCUGGAUCUGGAGGUCAAGGCCAGACAGGCGUUGUUGUACCUGGGGCAGGAGCAGGAACCGGUGUUGAUGUAAAUGGAACCGUCAGUGGUGCAAGACCAACACCUCAACCUGGUGAAGGAAGACCUGGAUCUCCAGAUGGCACAUCAACACCAGCAGGAGAAGGUGAUGGUGGUGCAAGCACUACGUUAGAGGGCUCUGGGAUUCCUGGAGGAGAUGCAGGACAGACUGGUGUAGGUGGAAAACCACUGGGAGGCGAGGGAGAUAGUGCAAAUGGAACCAGUAUCCCCAUCAUUGGAGCAGCACCAGCUGGUGGUUCACCUGUACAAACAGAUGGGGGAACAGGAGUUGGUGGAACAGGACUUCCCCCUGGAGGUCCUGGAGGUGAUCUCUCCGGGGGAGGACUCCAACAAGUCAGUCCUCUCAAACCUCCAGGUGUUCCAAGAGGCGACACACCAGGUGAGGGAGAUGGGGAAGGAGGUCCUGAUGGAGAAAAAGAUGGAAAGCCCAGGAGUCCGAUCGGCGCCGGGGGAACUGGAGACGUUUCUGGAACACAAACAGGAGUGGAAAGAGGCGACAGUCCAGCUACUGGAAGUGAAAUCAGACCAGCAGGAGGAACAGCGAAACCACCUCAAGGUGUUGGACCAGGUGGAGUCGGUGGGGUGGCAGGAGUUGGGAUGGUACCUGGAGCUGGUGGGAUAGCAACAGAAGUCGUAAAACCUGGAAAAAGCUACGGUGCAGGAGGAGUUUUACCAGGUGGAGGUCCACGGUACCCUGGUGCUGGCGGCUAUGGUACUGGUACAGGAGGUUUUGGUGUAGGUCCAGGUGGAUAUGGUACUGGGUCUGGUGGAUUUGGGAGACCCAUUGGCGGUUCUGGCAGUGUUGGGACUCCUGGGGUUGGAACGGGCCCUGGAGGUGUAGCACCAGGCUCAGGUAGCGUCAGCGUUGGGCUGGGUGGAUAUGGUGGUGGCAUCGGACCUGAUGGUUCUAGAUAUGGCACCGGUUCCGGGCCUGGGAAACCCCCAAAAAGUUAUGGAGCUGGAGCUGGCCUUGGCAGCUAUGGAACUGGAUCAGGGGGAGUUGGUCCAGGUGGCUUGGUGCCUGGUGGUGGUUACGGACCCAGCGGUACUGGUCAAGCCGGACUUGGUCCUGGUUCUGCUGGCACAGGACUGGGAGGUGUUGGAACUAGACCAGGUACCUUUGGUGGUGUUGGUACUGGUGGAGUAGGGCCUAUUCCUGGAGUUUAUACUGGAGGUCAAGGACUGGGAGCAAGAAAACCGUCAAAAACAGGCUACGGAACAUCACUGGGUGGAGCUGGAUAUGGACAAGGUGCAGCAGGAGGAGUCGCACCUGGUGGAGCUGGGACUGGACCUGGCAGAUAUGAACCUGGUUCUUUUGGGACUGGAGGAGUCGCACCUGGUGGAGCUGGGACUGGAACUGGAGGCUUUGGACCAGCUGGUGCUGGAACUGGAGGCUUUGGACCAGCUGGUGCUGGACCUGGAGGCUUUGGACCUGCUGGUGCUGGAACUGGAGGCUUUGGACCAGCUGGUGCUGGAACUGGAGGCUUUGGACCUGCUGGUGCUGGAACUGGAGGCUUUGGACCUGCUGGUGCUGGAACUGGAGGCUUUGGACCUGCUGGGGUUGGGAUUGCAACUGGUUUUGGACCUGCUGGUCAAGGACUAGGAAAAAGGAAACCUAAAUCUGGUUAUGGAGGAACUGGUUAUGGUCCAGGAGGUUCAGGAGGAGCUGGUCUUGGUGGAACUGGAGCUAGACCUGGAGGAUACGGCCCAGGUGGCACUGGAGGUGCUGGAUCCACUGGUUUUGGUUCUGGAGGAACUGGAGGAGGAAGCUUUGGUACUGGAAGAACUGGAGGAGGAAGCUUUGGUCCUGCAGGAGGCUGCUUUGGUCCUGCAGGAACUGGAGGAACUGGAGGAGGCAGCUUUGGUACUGGAAGAACUGGAGGAGGCUGCUUUGGUCCUGCAGGAACUGGAGGGACUGGAGGAGGAAGCUUUGGACCUGGUGGCCAAGCACUUGGAUCAAGAAAGUCUGGAUAUGGUUCAACUUUGGGUGCAACUGGAUAUGGACAAGGAGUUGGAAGCCGUACAGGUCCAGGAACAGGAGGAUAUGUAGGAGGGGGACCAGGUACUGCAGCUGGAGGUACAGGAGGUACUGGAGGAGGUCAAACAGUUGGAGGAGUAGGCGGUCUACCAGGAGGGGGAGCUGUGCCUGGAUAUGGCGGAGUGGCAGGAGGAGGCUAUCCAGGAUAUGCAGGGACCGGACAAAAAUCCAAAGCACAGAAGGCAGCCAAAUAUGCAGCCAUGCAGGGCUUCCUUGGAACUGGAGGCUACAGAGCUGGAGGCUGUCAGGGAAACUACUGUGGCCGAAGGAGGAAGUGAGAGACCGACCGACAGGAAGUGACCUCAUUGACACAACAGUGGUGCUAUAGCAUGAUUACAGCUUGUGAAUGUCUUAGCUGAUUUAGAAACUAAGGCCUUAACACGUUCGAAAAGCUACAUUUCUAUACAUGUUUCUGAAUAUUUCUUAAAAUCAGCCUUCUGUUGUAGACUAGUUUAAUUUAACAAUGUAUUUACAUUAGUUUUCUACAAGAAAAGAACAAAAAUUGGAGAAAACAACUUAUUAUAAAGUCUGUCUAGGCUGAGAAUCCAAAACAACGAGUCACAUUUUAUGGCCAAGCUGUUAAAUAUAAUGUUUUGUUCUGCUGUGUUAGAUAUGAACUGCAAUAUUGUUUAUUAUGAUUUUUUUGGGCAGAUCCUUCAGCUCUGUCUGCAUGCUGACGCACUGUUAAGAUACUAUUCAAUAAAAUUGCCUUAAUACACUAACACUGAAUUUAUCUUUAGUUUCACAGUUGUCAAAGUCAUUUUUAACCCAAACAUUUUAGACGGAUCUAUAAGCUUUCAGUAGAUAAAAUACAGAUAUUUUUGUUUUUGUGGAAGGAAGAACAACAGCUUUAAUGUUCUUCCUAUAAUCCUUGAACAGAUUUUGUUCGUGUCACUGUACUCACACCUCAGGACCUGCAGAUUUUAACAUUUCUUACAAAGUAACAAAGAAUUUUUAAUGUAAAAUUCUAGUUAAUGUGUUUGUAUUUAUGCAGUAAGGAUGUUGUAUUGUUACAGAAAGUAACAAUGUGACUUUCUGUCAGAUUUUUUAUGUGACAUUGAUAAAAUCUAACCAAAUAUGAAUUAUGAGAAAAAAGGACAACAACUUUUAACUACUUUUCAUUCUUGUCUUGUAACACUGUUGGAAAAAAAUGAGCUCACACUUACUAGUAUUUUUUAAUUAUGCAAAUAAAUGUAUUUGGACACUUCUUUUAUUUGCCUACACCUUGUAAGUGGGCGUUUUGAAACAUGUCUAACACCUUCAUAAAUAGAUUGUGUGUUUUUUACAUUGUCCCUAGGAAUCUAGAUAAUUUUAAAAUCUUAAUGUAAAUGAGCUUGUCUUUCUAUCCUGUAGCUCUACAUGUGUUUAACAUUUGUUUUGUUUGUUUAUGAGCUUUUGUACAUUGUUUCCUGAAGUAAAGAGAAGAACAAUAAAAUCUGGUUCUAAUACGGA